UACACCGACCAAUCGGAAAACCGUUACUUUUCCUUUCGACUUUCCCGUCGCCUUCUUCCACCAAACAGUCCACACUCAGUCACUCCCCCGCCAACCAAAACAUCUUAGGAUCAGUCUUCUCCUCUCGCCCCGCUCUUCUCCUCGUCUUCAAUCAACUCAAAUCGAAUCUAUAAUAAAGCCCGGCCCGUCUCGACUGCAUCCAUCCAUCCGUCCGUCCGUCCGUCCCCUUUCUUCGUAAGCAUGUCCGGCGAGAUUCUGGUGGUGCCCAAGAAUGCGCAGGGCCACCUCUUCCCCUGCAUGGAGCUCUGCAAACACCUCCUCUCGAGGUACUCCGUCAACAUAACCCUUCUCGUCGACUCCGACGUCACCUCCUCCGUCCCAUCCUCCCUCCUCCGAUCCCCGCUCUUCCGCAUCCUGGACGUUAAGUCGGGGUCGGUCCCACUUUCACCAGAAUCGGACCCGCAAGGAUUGCCUCUGGACCGCCAGCAGCACGGCGUCGUCAUGGCCCGGGCCAUCGAGGCUUUCCUGGCCCGAUACGGCCCCGACUCGGCCCGUCCGGCUUGUGCAAUCAUCGACCACAUUAUGUACCGGGCUCAGGAGGUGUUCGCGAAGUUCGGGAUCCCAACUGUGACGUUCAUCACCUCCGGGGCCUGCUGGGCAGCGGUGCAGCACGCUGCGUGGGUGGUCCGGCCCGAUGACAUGAGGCCCGGUGAGGUCCGUGCCCUGCCCGGUCUGCCCGAGGGAAUGGUGCUGUCCUACUCGGACCUCAAACAGAGGCGGCACUGGAUGACCGGGCCUCCCCGCGGUGGCGGCAGCGGAGGCAGAGGAGGAGGACCACCGGAGGAGAUGGGCGGCGGUAAGCCAAAAAUGAUGGGCGGCCCGCCAUUUCCGGGUGGGCCCGCCCCGUGGGUGGAGGAAGUGAAGAGUGCGGCGGCUAUCCUCGUCAACACGUGCGAUGAUCUCGAACGUCCAUUCAUGGACUACAUGGCUAACCUGACUGGUAAACCCAUAUGGGGCGUUGGCCCGCUCCUGCCCGACCAGUACUGGCAGUCCGCGGAGUCAUUGCUCCGGGAAAGGGGGAUCCGGCCCAAUAGAGAGUCUAACUACACCGAUGAUGAGAUCAUCAGCUGGUUGGACAAACAGCCGCCUAGAUCGGUCAUCCUCGUGUCCUUCGGGAGCGAGGUCAGCCCUUCCCCUGAGGAGUACCCGGAAUUGGCCAGUGCACUGGAGGAGUCCGCACGCCCUUUCAUAUGGGUCAUCCAGCGGAAGUCGAGCCCGGGCAAGCCCGAUAGCACGUACUUCCCCCACGGGCUAGACAGCAGGGUCGGCGAGAGAGGGUUGGUCGUGCAUGGUUGGGCCCCGCAGCUACUGAUACUGAGCCACCCGUCCACGGGAGGAUUUGUGUCUCACUGUGGGUGGAACUCCACGGUGGAAGCCAUCGUGAGAGGGGUCCCGAUCCUGGCCUGGCCGAUCAGAGGGGAUCAGUACUACAAUGCCAAGUUGGUGGUGAACUAUCUUCGGGUCGGGACGAUGGUGUCUGAGGCCUACCCAGAAGGGAUGGUGAAGAAAGGCAAUGUCGGGAAGGGGAUCGACAAGGUUAUCGGCGAUGAGGAUAUAAGGAGGAGGUCGCUGGAACUCAGAGGCAAGUUUGAGAAAGGAUUUCCUGAGAGCUCGGUUGCUUCUAUGGAAUCUUUCGUAAGGGAUCUCAUCCUAAGAAAAUGCUAGAAGAUUAUUAUAUAUGUCUUCAUCAAGAUCUGCUCUCAUUACUAAUGGAUUUCCAUUUGAGUAUCAAAGUCCUCAUUUUCUCAUCA